AUGGCUUCUACUGAACCAUGGCUACUGGAGAACGGAAGCGUUAGGUGCCUGACCAAGGACAUGAAGCACGGCCAUGGCCACAGCCACGGUCGGACUGCGCAUAACAUGUCCUCUUCGUCUCUGCGAAAAAAAUCCGACCUAACCCUUGUUUCCAAAGUUCGACAAGGAUCUCUUCGAAAUAUUUUGGUUAAUCUGCAAGAGGUUUUGUUGGGAACAAAGAUAUCGAUUUUGUUUCUGGCAAUUCCUUUUGCCAUCGCUGCUGAGUGUAAAAAUUUUGGGAGAUCAUGGGUGUUCGUUUUGAGUUUACUUGGGCUCACUCCGCUUGCUGAACGUGUCAGCUUCUUGACAGAGCAAAUCGCUUUCUACACAGGUCCAACAGUUGGAGGGCUUCUAAAUGCUACAUGUGGAAAUGCUACAGAGCUGAUAAUAUCCAUACUUGCUCUUGUUCGGCACAAAGUAGAUGUAGUGAAAUACAGUCUACUUGGUUCUAUACUUUCAAACCUUCUUUUGGUUCUUGGCACCUCUCUUUUCUGUGGUGGCAUUGCAAAUAUCGGAAAGGAACAGAAGUUCGAUAGAAAACAAGCAGAUGUGAACGCAAUCCUUUUGUUUUUGGGAUUGCUUUGCCAUGUUCUGCCCUUGAUGUUUCGAUAUGCUGGAAAUGCAGCGGAAUUGACAGGGACAGAAUCCCUUGCAUUGUCAAGAGCCAGUUGCAUUGUGAUGUUGAUUGCGUACAUUUCUUACAUUGUGUUCCAGUUAUGGACUCAUCGACAACUAUUUGAGGCAUCUGAGGACGAAGGAGAAGAUAGUGACGUAGUAUCAGACGAAUCACCCGUGAUUGGAUUCUGGAGUGCAUUUGUUUGGCUAGUUCUGAUGACUGCAGUCAUAGCCCUACUUUCUGAAUAUGUUGUGGGCACAAUUGAGGCUGCAUCAGACUCUUGGGGAUUAUCAGUCAGUUUCAUCAGCGUAAUUUUACUACCAAUAGUUGGAAAUGCAGCAGAACAUGCUGGGGCUAUCAUAUUUGCCUUUAAGAACAAGCUGGAUAUUACUUUGGGCGUAGCUUUGGGUUCGGCAACUCAAAUUGCCAUUUUUGUGAUUCCCUUGAGCGCCAUUGUGGCCUGGAUAAUCGGUAUAGACAUGAACCUCGACUUCAAUCUCAUUGAAACAAGCUGUCUCGCUCUAUCAAUUAUCAUCACAACAUUCACUUUACAGGACGGAACUUCUCAUUACCUAAAAGGACUAGUUCUUCUGCUAUGUUACAUAGUAAUUGGGGCUUGCUUUUUCAUUUCCAGAACUUCAAAUAAUCAUGCAGACACUGUAAACCAAAGUUUCAGAUCAUCAGAUGAAGGAAUCAUGAGAAUUUGA